AUGAACUGGAACGAGACCCGUUCUUUGGGUCUCUUAGUUCUCGGCUGUAUGCUCGAAAGUGGGUCAUCGGAACGAAAUGGAGAGGAUGGAGAUAACUUACCGGAGGCAUCCCAGCGGAGAUGGCGUCGGAGAAUGGCGACGGUGGUCAGUGAGCGGGGAUGUAGCAACCCCAAAGGAAGGAUGUCAGGGAGUGGUGUUAGGUGGCACACAGCGGAAGCUCCCAUGCUCUGCCCCUCGGUUUUGUCCGGCGAGAUUAACGAGAGAGGGGCGAAGAAGAUGGCAGAUGGUGGGAGGGGUGGAAUUCCGACAGCAGCAACAACGUUGAGUGAUGAAGUGGGCGUCAGCGAUGGGUGGCAGUCGAUUGUAGUCGACGAGUUUGCCCGUUUUCUCCUUUGUUUCGAGCGGAUUCCGGCGAGAGGGAGAGGUUGUAAGAGGCGGACUACAAUGGGGUGGUGUUGGGAUGAUUUCUGA